AGAGGAGCGAACGAAAGCAAGAAACUGCAAAGGAAGGGAAAGCAUGGAGAACAAGGCACCAGGGACGGCCCCACGGCCCGAGGGGUACUCCGCCGCCUCCAACGCGCAGGGCCAUGAAAACUUCUUUCACCCCAAGCAAAAGAUGGGUGCGAAGAACGUGCAGCGCGCUGGUCUGCGCACCGCCAAGACGGUGAGCCUGUUGUUCACGGUGGGCAUAAUGCUCUUUGUGGUGGGCCCCACCUACGUGGGGCCGCUGUACGUGGAGUACGUGGUGGGCAACGAGUGGCUGGGGCGCGCCUCGCGGUCGAUCUGGCAGCGCCGCAACGAGAAGGACUACGAGCUGUACAUGACGCAGCGGAAGAACUCGUGGAUGCAGUGGCUGGGCCUCAAGCGCUACAACAUUAGCGGAGAGGAGAACGAGGGCGAAAUCCAGCAGUACCGGCAGCCGCAAGAGCGCAAGACGAUCCAGUAG